AAACAGCCUGUUAACAAGAGUCAACAAUCAACUACCCACCGCUGUGUCCUAUCAGUGGGCCACCGAAAUGAGCGAGACCAAAACUCUACUCAGUGCAUUGCUAUGCGACAUUUAUGGCCAGCAAGAGCAGCAAGCCAGACGUCUGCGUCGCUGCCGUCGUCAGAAGGGUCAGGAUAGACGCGUCUCCAAGGAGCAACGUCAUUGCAGAAGAUCGACCAAGAAGGGACCUGUGGCUAGAAUGGCUAGCAGCCUGGCUGGAAAUCAGAAAGUCUUGGAGACGCUGAACGUGCGCCAGCUGGUGGAUGUCUGUGCCAUGCUUAAGGUGGAGUUAUUGAUGAUGGGUUAUCUGCUGGAACGCGUGCUGGUUGUAAGGGAUCGUCUACAACGACACCAGGAGGUGCUGUGCGAAUUUGUCACUGCCAUACUCGUUGUGGAGACUCACGAUGCACGGCCUAAAAUGCGCUUUAGUCUCUCACCACCGCCACCGAAAGUCAGCCUAACCUCACCCACUAGCAGCACGAGCAAUAACAACAACAACAACAGCGGCUACUGCAAAGCCCCCAGCCGCAGUCGCAACAACAACAACAUGCUGAGCUCUACGCCGGCCUCCACCGCUGAUGCUGGUGCGGAUGAUGCUGCCUCAGAUUAUAAUCAAUGGCUGCAUGCCAUGAAGUUGGUGGCACGCUUGCCAGGCGGCACCCCGCCAGAGUUUCGGCGCAAGCUGUGGCUCUCGUUGGCGGAUAAGUAUCUGAAGUCGAAAAAUGUGGACUGGGCACAGCAACGCGACAAGUGCUUCUGCGAGGAGUGGCGUGAGGAUGAUGAGGAGCUGGGCAUUCAGAUCGUUAAGGAUCUGCACCGCACUGGCUCCAAUUUAUGCACAGGUCCCGCAGGCUCCAUCAACCAGGCAAAACUCAAGCGCAUACUGCUCGGCUAUGCACGAUACAAUCCAGAGGUGGGCUACUGUCAAGGCUUCAACAUGCUGGGCGCGUUAAUACUGCAAGUGAUGGACAAGGAAGAGGAGGAGUCCAUGAAGGUCAUGAUAUAUUUGGUAGAGGGCGUGCUGCCCACAGGCUAUUUCUACGGCUCUAUGGGUGGCCUCCAAGCGGACAUGGGUGUCUUUCGGGAAUUAAUGCAAACAAAGUUACCCCGUUUGGCCAAGCAUCUGCAGCGACUACAGGGACCUAUGGAGAAUGCCUACGAGCCGCCGCUCACCAACGUAUUCACCAUGCAGUGGUUCCUCACCAUGUUCUGUACCUGCCUGCCGAUGUCCUGUGUUCUCCGUGUUUGGGAUCUGGUGCUCAUUGAGGGCAGUGAUGUGCUGCUACGCACGGCCCUAGUUCUAUGGAGUCUGCUAGAAGAGCGAGUUUUAAAUGCACGCACUGCUGAUGACUUUUAUGGCAAAAUGGGCUCCUUCUCCAACGAGCUUCUGAAUGGACAUCUCAUUGAUUCCAAUGGCCUGAUAGAGAAGGUGGUGCAGCUGGGACCUAUAGCCGAUAUCAAGCAUCUGAGGGACAAGCAUCUGUAUAACAUUGCGCCAAUGGGCAACAAGCAGGGAUUACAACUCUACUAUGACGACGAAGACACGCACUCAGACGACGAGUCACGUCUAGCGGUGGCCACAGUAUGGGGUUUGAACUGGGGCAGGCGCGGCUCUAUGGGAACCGGCUCUUCUGGGGCAGGUAAGCCACAGACAGAGCAGAAGGAUCGCCUGGCAUUGGACAUAUCGUUACUGAAGAAGCAGUAUGAUCGUCUGCGCGAGCGUCAGAAGCAGGCCCAUGUCAUACUGACUACCGCUUGCACCACAGCCACUUCAACGCGUCAAACGGCUUCCAAUCAGUUGCCGGUCAAUCAGUUGCUCCUUGGCCGCCCAGCCAUAAUUACAAACAAAGGCAAACGUGUAGGUGCACCUCUGGGUGCCAUACCGCCAGCUCGCAAGCCCUCUCUCCCAGCGGUGCUGCAUAGCAAGCCGCCAGCGGCAGGAGAGAGGCAGCUACGACGCGGGGAGACGCUGCUUUGGCGGGAUACGGAUGCCACACGGCAACGACGGGACAGUCUAACGUGGAAGGAGAUAAAAGCGGAUCGCGCGGCUAUGUUGCGGGAUGAAGUUGAUGCCAAAAUGGUUAAGUCACAGAAGUUGCGAUCGCGCUUAGGCAAAAGCGAUAGCUCCUCGUACAGUGAGGACAGCGAUGGUGAACAGGAAGCAGAUGAAAAAGAUGGCUCUAGCACAGACACCAGUCUGUGCGAUGACGAUGAUCCCAAAUCAAUGGAGCAGAGUCCCAAACGCAAAGCAAAGCUGGCGCGUAAGCUCAAAGAAAAGCCCAAACUGGCAACAUUGCGAGAUCCUAGUGUAGAGCGAAAGAGACCCAAAUCAUGGGCGCCUAGUACACAUGAAAUACCAUUCAUGCUAAUGGGAACAGACAGCGGCGAUGAAAAGGAGCCGGUGCCCAAAGAGGAGGAGGACAGUGCCACGGAAAGUGAUCGUUUUGGCUAUGCCCGGGACUUAGAUUGGGCGCAGGUAGCAUGUGAUCUGGCCUCCAGCAAAGUGGCUCCGUUGGAAGUGGAAGCAAACGCUCCAUCAAUCACCAGCAAUUUGCAGCUGACACCACUACCGGACAUUGCAACCUGCCUAAGCACGGUCAGCAUUAGUCCACUGUCUACGCCCAAAUCAAUAUAUGUAAUGUCAGAUACCGAAUCGGUUAAUCCAGCAGAUGCUGGUGGUUCUGCACGCAGGAUGGAAGCGAAAGAAGAAAUCCCAACAAGUCGCUACGAUGUUAGUAAAGAUGGCGUUAUCAAUCAGUAUUUUGAGCGUGUGAAUAGUGUGGAGCGUCCGAAGCGACUGGAGCUUGCAUAUUCCUUAUGCGUUGAGGAUUCGGAAGGGAAUACUUCCGGAGAACACCAGCGUUCUCUUGUAGAAGGCCAAUGUACUGAACAUAUAGCAAAGGCUUUGCCAUUCGACCUGGAAGACAACCCCACACCAGAACUGAUAUCUGACACGCCCCAAAUACGCGAUGACAAUAUUCCAGGCGAAAACAAAGAUGAUUACAAAGAGUUGCUAAACAUGACGAUAGAAACACAGAAGAAGGGUCCAUUACCUGUGAUUAUAAGUAGUGCCUGCAGUAAACGUCGAGAUCCCAGACGUAAAACACUGACCAGAUCCUCGACGAUUGAACUAGAAGAACGAUUUCAGGCGCUGGAGCGACGACUCAGUCAGGAGAAACCCAAACGGCAAAGUGAUAACGUAGAGUGUACAAAGUACAUACCGACCACUGCGGCCUUGGAGGAGCGCUACAAUACGCUGGAAAAUCAGCUUAGUGCUGAGAAACAACGUUUAGAAGAAUCUGAACUUAAUGUCGAGUGCUUUCAGAAGCCAGAACGCAUACCCUCUACAGCCGAUCUUGAAAUACGUUUUAAUGCCUUGACAAAACAAAUGAGUUCAAGUGAAUCAAAUACCAAGACUCCCGUGGAGCUUACUGAUCAGGAACAAACGGCUGGUAGCAGCUCAAAAGAGGGAAAUGCUAGCGAAAAAACUAGCAAGCUGCAUAAAUCAGAAGAAUCACUUACGGGUACACAACAACCUGCCAAUCUAAGCGACACAGUCCAUAUAAAGGAAUCUAGAAGUCCUCAAGAAUCAGAACAACCACGCCUUAAAAAACUGCCUUCAACAGCCGAGCUCGAAGAUCGUUAUAAUGAAUUAGAACGAAGAAUAAGUGUUCAAAAAAACAGUCCAGCAAAAGCGAAAAAAGAGCCCCCAGAUGAUGGACUAGAGCAUAAUAAAAAUCAGUCAAGAAAUGUGUCUGAGGCGCCAGCAGGAGCAUUUGAUAAUGUUAAAAACGAGGAAAUAACAGUGAAAGCGAGUCAAAACGAGAACACAGAUCCACCAAAUGCGAAUGAUCCGAAAAGUUCUCAAGGUAAAGGGCACAAAACCGAAGAUAAAGAAAGUGCGCAUGUUGCAGAAAAAACUGUAACACCAAAUACGGACGAAUCUGCACACCAAAACGGAAAAGCCAAGCUUGAGAAGAGCAAAGAAACAUCAAGUAUAGAGGAAAAGAAGGAAGUGGAGGUAGUCAAGCGUAAAACGCCACCUUCAACAGAGGAGCUGGAAAAACGUUUCAAUGCCUUGGAAAAGCAGCGCAGCAUCUCCAAACUAGAGUCGAAGGAUGAAGCUGAGUGCGGCAGCACUUCCAGCGCGAAUGAAGCAAAGCCAGAAAAGAGAAAACAACUUAUUGAAGGGGAGAAUGUUGCAAAAGAUGAAAAUGAGGAAAAUACUCGAAAAUCAAUCAAAGCGUUUGACGAUAAAGUAAGGGCCAUAAGUACAUCAUUGACUGUUGAAGAAGAGGCAGCUGUAGUAACGGAAGACAAAGACGAAAAGCGUAAAGCAUUUGAGACCAAUUGCGAGACAGCUAACAAACUUUUGUCAACCGAAACUAAUGCAGUUAAAUUAACUGCCAAAUCAGAAUUAAAAUCAGAUCUUGAGACUAAGCUGCCAGAGAACGCAAAUAUUAAAGAGCUGAGUAAAAGGCGAGCCUCUGAGCCUCCCUCUAUGGAGGAUCUGGAUCAACGUUAUGAAAGGCUGAAGCGCCGCAUGAGUAGCAAAAAUAACAUUACCGGCCAAAACGAAACUGUAAACGAGGCAUUAGAACGUAUUGAGCAGGAAGUUAUUGCAGAAUUAGAUGACUCAGAGGAAGAUCCGAAGCCAGCUAGAAAACAACCACCCACAACUGAGAACUUGGAGAGCCGCUAUGAAGCGUUGCAUGCCAAGGAUAAGAAAGAAAAUGAAACAAAUCCAGAGCCAAAGAUAAAGUCGCCUCCUCGUCAUGUAGAUGUCGCCAUCGAGGCACAUAUACCUGAAGCCCCACCGCUUCCACCACCGCCAGACCAUAGAAUCACCAUAGAUCCAAGAAAGCAUCAGCAGCGCGCUCUCAUUGAAGAGCUGCAAAGCAAAAUGCAAGGUCUGUCACCGGGCGAGGAGAAUUUAAAACCCAGCGAAAUUAAUCCCCAGCGAAAGCACCUACAACAACAGCGACAGCUGCAACAGCGACCUACACCAAUGGGCGAUGAGACAUCGGAAGCACCUGCAAACACCGCUUACUACAGAUCGGGAAAUUACGAACCCUGGCAAGCGCAGCGAAUGGUUCGUCGUUUCUCCGAUUUGCCUUCAAGGGCUGAUCUGGAAAAUCGUUUACAAUUCUUGGAAAAGAAAUUGUACAAGAAAUUCUACAAGCAGCGCUGUGCAAGUGAUUCCGAAGUUGCAUCGAGGAUGAGUAGUUAUGAUGACAAGCCGAGCACCUCGCACCAAGCGGAGGCCCAACUGGAAGAGCGUGUUCUGGCCCUAGAGAAGCAACUGAGCGAGAACAGUCUCAAGUUGCUGGAAGCUAUUCGUGAAAAAGAAAAACAACAGGAAAAGGUUCCACAAAAUACCGACGACGACGACAAUUCUCCCCGGCAACUUAGCACUGACAUAGAAACUGGCAAGGAGCUGGUGCGCUACACACAGAACUUCAGUGAGCUAGAGGAGUCGGACAAACCCAUCAAUAUAAGCAUUAACAUUAAAAUGCUUCUCAACAAAGACAGCGACCACAGGAAGCCGCAAGCAGAGCUAACAACAGAUGAUUUGAGACGAAGAUUGGAACAACUGGAACAGCAGUUAAGUGAAGAGCGUGCAAGAAACGGAACCAUAAUCUCUGAACCCGAGUUUACUAUUGAGGAUGUGUUGGUGCAGCCUUCCGAGCAAAGCGAAGAGAGUGAGACUUGUCGAAAGCAGGAAAAAGAUAGUCACAAUCAGAGCGUCAAGUGUGACGAAGCUGAAAAGUUGGAGGAGGCUCCAUUAGCAACGGCGGGAACUUCUGAGCCUGAGACUGUUAAGGAAUCUAAAACCUUACAAAAUGAAGAAACUGCCCAAACUCGUAACAAAGAGACCGACACAGAAAAAACAAUCAAAGAAGAACAAAAAGUUGCAGCUAAUGUAGACAAAGAAGAAAACAAAGUGGAAGAAAAAACACAUCCACCGACUGACCAGGAAAAAACUUCAACUACUCCUGCUCAAGGUGUGCCCCUAAAAGUAGAUGUUGAGAAAUCAGAUGCUGUUGAGAAAAAUCUUAAAUCAGAUGAAGAAUCAACCAAAGAGCCAUCAGCUAAUCUUGUUAUUAACUCUAGUGAUAUUGGGCCCGUGGAUGCUAAUAACAAAACCGUGGUACUUUUAAUGGAUAAUGAACCAAAAGCCUUGAAAGUUCGCCGUUUGACCCGAGCCAAUACUGAAGAACUUGAGGGACUGUUUCAAGCACUUGAAAAGCAGCUGAACGAUCGCAAUCUUGUUAAAUCCAAAGAUGGUAAACUAGUUCACGCAGAGAACAAGUCGUCUGCUGAGCAAAUUGAGCAGGCUCAAGCCAUAUCCGAUUUGAGCAAAGAAAUUGAAGACUUUACCAGUCGUAAGCCGGACCAGGAACCAGCAGAGCAGAAGGAAGAAAAGACCGUCGAAAAUGAGCCCAACUAUGAUUGGGGUCCGAAUCCAGUUAAGCAUCAUUUAAAACGAAAAACAGUCUAUCUGCCGUCCACUAAAGAGCUAGAGGCCCGCUUUCGCUCACUCGAGCGUCAAAUCAAACUACUUGAGGACGUCGAGAAGAUCGAUGUAGAGCAGAGACUGACGGAAAUCGAGCGCAAGAUCAAACUGCAGUACUCGCUAUCGCAUGAGAAGGACCUAAACAAGUACAUUGAGGUAUGCGAAGGCAAGGGCUUAGAGGACGACGUGCCUGUGGCAGGAGAGACAUCUCCGGUCGUCGAACGUUCCCGCAGUCCAGCACGUAAACAGAAUACAAAAUCACCAUUUACGUCACCAGCUCGCAAGUCAGUGACCAAGUCACCACAUGUUUCGCCUUCACGUAAGGAAAGGAGUGCCACAAAAUCGCCUUACACUUCACCGACACGCCAAGGACAAAAGACACCGCACACAUCACCAUCGCGCACCGUCAAUAAAAAGAGUCCCUACACAUCUCCUGCUCGUCGCCAGAGGCACAUAGAUGAUCUGCCAAUCUCUGAUGACUUGGAAUACAAAUAUCGUGUACUUGAUUUGGUGCGUUCCAAGUCCAAAGACAAUCUAGCUAAGCGCAAGAAUGACCCCAGUAAAAAGCCACCAAUUCAUCCGCUAGAAAUGCUGCUGGAUCCGAGUCCGGACGACAGUGAAAUACCGACUACCGGGGAGCUGGAGCACCGCAUACGCCUCCUAGACGAGAAAUUGAAGUCGCCUGCCCGUCAUAAGUCACGUUCCCGUUCACCCACCAUCGAUGAUAUCAAGCGAAAGAAAAUGUUAGAUGAUCAGCUACCCAAGACCCCGGUACACAGCCUGGAGUGCUUAGUCUACUCGCCGAAUAAACCGGAGCCACCCACUGCCGAAGAACUUGAUAAACGCAUUCUUGCACUAGAGAAGGAGCAAUGCUUUGAUUUCAAGACCCAAAAAGACUACAAAGAAUUCAAUCAAAAACUCAAGGAUGUGGUUUCGCCUUCGGUUUCCUACGAGGAAUUCAAAGCAGCCAAGUCACGCGAGCAAAGUCCCCGACGCCAAGCGCCCACAACGCCCAAGUCAGCAAUGAGACGGGACGAGAAUGAAGAAUACUAUCGGCGCGAAGAGACGACUUCGUAUCGGCCUACUAGCCCUAAGGUCAUUCGAUUUCGCGAUGAGGACGAGGACUACUACGAGGACUCGUGGCGACCCAAGUCACGCGAACGAAUGAAGACUCUUGCAGAUCAGCCGUCAGCCUCAGCAUCAGCUAGUCGCAGCUACAUCAGCGGCGCAGCGGCCGCUGCCGCAAGCUCUGAGGGACUCGACGCCCUAGGCAGUCGCCUAAUGCGGGAAACAUCGCCCAUCACUCGUACAGGAACGCACACAGGCGUCCCGCUGCGUACUGGAGACAACAUCAACGAACGUCUGAGUUCCAUUAAGAACAGCAUCAAGUCCAUUGACAGCUUGUGCGAGGAGAAGUCGUAUCAGAAGGAGAAAUGUCAGCGGUAUAUUGACUCUUUGUUUUCGGAUUCAUUGCACUUUGCCAGUAAAAAGAGCUCAGCAGAAGAUCUGACACACAGUCGAAGCGAGAGUCGAGGACGUGGAACGCAGCGCUAUAGUGACUAUACACCUGCCAUACGCAUUAGCUCAGAGCAUCGCUCACUGGGAUCCGUGGAGUCCAUGCGCCCGAGCAGUCCACUGCUUGCCACCAGUCCGCCGCAUCAUCGUUCGCAUAGAGAUAUUAGCAGGGAACUCUCGCCGCGACGCCGACGGGAGGCGGAGGAGCUAGAGGAACGGGAAAGUAGUAGGGUAAGACGUGAUAAUAUGUUGCCAAAUUAUUUAGACGAUAAUCGUAGCGAACUAAGUAGCUGCAAUAGUUUAACUAAGUUUCAUAAAGUAGAUAGACAACUAGAAGAAACCUGCGCCAAAUACGCUGACGACAAACGCUCGGCCUGCAAGUCCCCAUUGAGCUCGCCAUAUGAGUCAAGAACAACAGCCACACGAUACAACACUACAACAGCGAACCCGACCGUUGACAGCUUUCCUAGGCCCAUAUCGCCCUAUCGCCAGCCCUAUGACCCGAACAGGCCAUCGCGUUCCAAUACGCCCGUCUACCAGCCAGCAAAGCUAGAGAUUCGGCACACCACCGUCACCUCGACCUUCUACGAUCGCUUUCUAACGGAGAGGCAAAUUGAGAAGCAAACACUACCGCGUCCUGCAAGCCAUUCACCCAUUGUCUCUCCGUCGGCAACGACCAAAAGCUACAGCGAUAUCCCCGACACUCUGACUGUUCACAAAUAUAGCCAUGACCCCAUGCUCGAUGUGACCACCUCAAGCAGCUACUCACCCCACAUGUCCCGUAGCUAUGCGGGCAGCAGCAGCAACUACUCAUAUCUCACCACCCAUACAGCUUGCGAAGCUCCAGCUUCGAGCAGCGCUAUUGCUCCCCAGCUCGGUGCCUCUCCAGGCGGUAGUGCUUCGGAUCUGCCUUCUACACCGAGCAGUCAUGCUUCCACCAGAAUUGCUACCACAACAGCAUCGGCAUUUGCGCCCUACAAUUUCACUAGCUCAUUUACGAGUCGCUUAAGCGAUCCGGUAACCACCUCUGGCGUCUCUAGCCUUAGCUCCAGCUUGCAAACAUAUUCCACUGGCGUCUACAAUCCCAUGAUGACAUUUACAUUGCGAGAACCCUUGAUAAACCCCUUGCCUGGUGGCCUGGGCAGCAAUGGCAGUGCUUCCCUGGGUCAGCAUCAGCACAAGAGUGGUUACAGCUCGAACUACAACUCAUGUGAGCCAGAUAAGCCAUAGGGCAUCCUCCUUUAAGCAAAGGCUAUCAUCAUCUAAGCAUGCCACAUUCUCAGCCCGCAGCACAAGCUCAAACAAGUUACUUUAUGCUUACAAAUUUACGCGUUGCAAUUAUUACAAAAAGAUAACUUUGAAACCCUCAAGCAAUAUACACAUAAACCUUAAUAGUUCUUACACAUACCAAAAAAAAAAAAAAAAAAAAAACAAAAACAAAAAACAUACUUAUGGGCACCUUUAACUACAAAUAUAACCAACAAAAUCUAUAUUAUAUACACAUCAGAAUUUUAAGAAAACUCUUGCACUAAACCAUUCUGGCUUCUUGCGAAUUGCAAUUACCUCAUCUGCAUUCAAGGCACCAAUCCAAGUAGCUGAUCAUAGAAAGAACCGAAACGAUUUUUAUACAAAAUAACGCUUACAUACGAGCAUUAUACAUACGGAAUACUUGAAAUACUUACUAAAAGCAUUACUAAAGCUAUGAAUCUUUUAAGAGUUGUGUCUAAUUGAAUUCUUUACUGGGCACUCAAUGACAAUUACAAUUACAAUAUUUCUUCAAAGAAUUUCAAUUUUGUAAUAUUUAUUAUAUGAAACCACAAUAAUGACGCGUUAGUUGGAACGUUUGAAAUGUUCAUUGACUGACAGAAAGCAGCCGUUAACAAUAGUUGAAUAUGUACACAUAUACAAAUAAAUGCUUAUAUUACAAUUAUAUAUAUACAUAUAUAUAAACAUAUUAUACAUGCAUACACUUGCAGUUCGAGAAUUUCAAUUAUGGAAAAACCAGUUCAAAAAUGGCUAACAAAAAUGGCUUCAAGAAUUAUUACUACACCAA